GACCAUAACCACCUCCUCCUUACCCCUCGUCCCCCCUGGAUCGACGCAUCAAGAAGGAAGGAGGAAGAGAGAUCCCGCAUGAGGCCAGCUAGGGGCUACCAAGGCUAGGCUAGGGCAUGGAGUCCUCCUCGGCGCGAGGUGGCGACGGGAGGUGGUACAUAGGUAUGUCCGCUGACAACAUCAAGGGCCUCAUGCUCUCACUCUCCUCUAGUCUCUUCAUCGGCGCCAGCUUCAUCAUUAAGAAGAAAGGCCUCAAGAAGGCUGCCGCCUCCUCCGCUCUUCGGGCUGGGGUCGGUGGCUAUUCUUAUUUGUACGAGCCUAUUUGGUGGGUUGGCAUGAUAACAAUGGUUGUUGGGGAAGUUGCAAACUUUGCAGCUUAUGCAUUCGCACCAGCUAUUCUGGUCACUCCUCUUGGCGCUCUCAGCAUUAUCAUCAGUGCUAUACUUGCGCGUGUAAUGCUGCGUGAGAAGCUACACAUAUUUGGCAUUCUUGGUUGCAUCUUAUGUGUUGUGGGAUCCAUCAUAAUUGUCCUUCAUGCCCCAGCGGAGCGUGAAAUUGAGUCAGUGACAAAAGUGUGGGAUUUGGCUACUGAACCAGCCUUCAUAUGCUAUGUUGCAGUAGUACUUGUUGUAGUUGCCAUACUUGUUUUUCGAGUUGUUCCACUUUACGGGCAAACACAUGUCAUGGUGUAUAUUGGUGUUUGCUCUCUUGUAGGCUCUAUCUCGGUUAUGAGUGUGAAGGCACUUGGUAUAGCUUUGAAGUUGACCUUUGGUGGAAUGAACCAACUUAUAUAUCCACAGACAUGGGCUUUUACUUUGGUUGUCUUCUCAUGCAUCAUCACCCAAAUGAAUUACUUGAACAAGGCACUUGACACCUUUAAUACUGCAGUUGUGUCGCCAAUUUAUUAUACCAUGUUCACAUCCUUAACCAUACUGGCUAGUGUCAUCAUGUUUAAGGACUGGGACAGGCAAAAUCCAACACAAAUUGUGACAGAGACGUGUGGCUUUGUGACAAUACUUUCUGGAACAUUUCUACUUCAUAAAACGAAGGACAUGGCCGAUGGGCUUUCAGCUUCAUCGUCGUUCCGCCUUCCAACCUCUUCAGCAUUUCGAUUCUCCAAGCAAACAGACGAAAAUGAAGGAACUCCUCUUAGAUCGUCAGAAUCGUUCCGUUCACCACCUUAAUGUCCGUUUGUUGAUGAUUAAGUUGCAUGGUUAGGGUCGGUCAUGGUAUACACAAAACAUACAAGCUUUUACUCAAAAGACGAGUCUCUUUUUUGGAUACAAUAUUACAUACGUGGUUAUUGUUUGGCUUUUUAAAAAAAA